AUGAUGGAUGCGACCCAUGAGAAGCAGAAGCUCAAUCCGAAUGUUUGGCCUCGGCUCGGACCUCGUGCAAUGAGCCGGUUACAAGAUCACCAGCUCCCUGGGGAUAGCUUCGUGUCCUUGCGCUUUAAAUCGAAGAAGAACUUCCGACUUCUGGUGUUUUUUCCUUCCGUUCUCUUGGCAUUCCUGUCAGAUUCGACGGUGCUGUGUCAUGAAACAGCAGCGGCGUUGGACGGAAAGGGCGAGCCAGUAUGUGUCUGGGGACACGUCGCAGAAGAUGUGUUCACCGGCAGGAGGUACUGUCCCGCGAUUGCCGGUUUCAGUCCGUGGUACUGGAGUGUGGGCUGGUAUGGAAUGUUCAUCCUCACCUGCCUGGUUGUUUACUGGAGGGGACAACGGAUGAAGAGGGGACAGCGUGGAGCCAAUCAUUCAGCCUUCUGCUAUUUCCUGGACUGUACUCGAGCAGGCUAUACGGACAGACACCUCGCGACAUGGUUCGCAACACUGACGCUUGCAUUCUUCAAUUCCAUUCUUAUUCGGCUGGUGUCGACGCCUGAGGGUGAGGAUAUCUUGAACUCUUGCGUCCGCUAUGGUGACUGGGCCGAUCAUGGAGACUAUUGCCAACCUGGAGGGUUGCUGGAGCCAAGUUGGACUGUGGUGCUGCUUGGGGUGUACUCAUGUUUUACGGCCGCCCUCAUGGACCAGGGCACCAUCAUGUGGGAUGGCAAGAAGAAAUCCGACCAGGAGGUGGGCUCGGAGGGAGAUGAGCCUCUGCGCUCGGCGUCUCCGAAAAGCGGGAGCACAAACCGUUUUCUUGAGGAGGAGAUGAACUUGGUCCUCGCUGCCGCUGUGAAGUUGAAGGCUUUGGUCCGACGGCAAAUGCAGAAGAGUCGGGAGAAGCAGCUGGAGUCCAAUUCGACAUUGGCCGAGUUCAUGUUGGCUCCCUUGACCGGCAUGGCCUUCGUCCUUGGGCGUGAGGAAGAAGAGGAGGUGGAUGGCACAAGCUUGCAGGACUUGGAAGAGACCUUUGAGCAAAGUUUGGUCGAGAUCUUUGGGGCUUUGGAGUUCGAGCACAUUGUCAAGAGGGAAGAGACUUCCUCGUCGGAGACGACGAAAGUCAUGGACCUCUGUGCUCCAGAUGCGCUAAUGCGGGAACGAGCCAGCGUGAGGUUUCGAAUGUCAGGCUGUUCGAACCCCGUCGCAUGGGAGAACUCAAUGAAACGGUUUGAUCAGUAUGAGAGUUCAGCCAAAAACUGGAGUGUUCUGUCCGAGACGGUCGACAUCAUGCAACUUUACAAGUUUUGCAACUACCUCGACGGGUACAAGUCGGGAGAGGUGGUUCGAGCCCCCACCAGCAAACUCAGCACUAAGGCCACUACGGGCUGCGGCUGCAGUGGGCACGUUGUCUUUGGCUUCAUUCUCGGACUUCUGGGGUUCUACCUGUUCUCCUUCCUGGCACCUCAAGGAGACUCCUAUGCCUGGGUCUACUAUUGGGUUGACCGAGAAGCUUUCGUUCAAGUUCGCUGCACUGAGACGAACUCCACGUCGAGUUCAAGCCCAUGGUGCGACGCAAAGGACUACCUCCUCAUGUCACGAACCACGCUCUGGGUGUCGCACGCAGCCAUGUUGAACGUCACGCGCAACCAGCUCGGAGUGCUCGUGGUGGCGGCUUCCAAGGCCACUGUCCUCGGCAUCCUGGCAAGCCUGCUUGCUGUCACUGUUCACAAGACGGUGUUGGGCUUACAGCAGGCGACGCAUCCGAUGCAAAUCUUGGAUGCUAUCCUUGCAUGGUGGGCGAGGGCAGACCACAUGUCUACAUGUCAUUUACAUGUAUGGAAGCUUGCGAGGGACUCGCUCCUCCACACCGAUGUGAAGAACAUCCUGGACAGAUAUGAAAAUGUCGUCUUGGCUUACCUUGCAGUGUCGUUCUGGCUGCUCACCGACUCUGCUAUACAGGUAGCCAUUUUCAACAAUGCUCCAAACAUGAUGGCAGGCUACGUGCUUGUGAUCAUGUGUGGUUGUACAUUCCUGUGCGUGUACCAGGCCUUGCGAGUGCACUAUGGCCAGCUACAGCACAUAACAACCCUGCGGCGCUUGAAGGAAUCGACUUUCGUGUACGGUGAUAGACCCGACUUGGUACAUCAGCGAAAGUUGAUAGAUGAGAUGAUUUCUAGGAUGUCUGGUGGGGGCGACUACCAAACCAGACUGCUCUACAUGCCCUUGAAUCCAACAUUCCAGAAAGGGGUGUUCGCCUACUUCAUCACAGCCUCUGUUUCGGUCUUGGCACGUCUGAUUACGGAAGCAGUGACCAUGUCCAGGCCACUUGGAGCUUUCGACACACUGGCAAAUGCCACUGUUAACAAUGCCACUGCGAAGAAUGGAGUGCGCGGGCACAACUGCCGGGUCGAGAAAAAAAGCUGCCCGAGGUUUCAUGGCAUUGCGGCCUUGGUUGCCACGGUCGAAGGUAUUCCUCUCGACCGAUACCUGGACCAUUUCACUGGGCUGGGAAAGCAAGAGCAGCAUGAGGUGAUUCGUCGUGUCAUGCAAGAAGCAGGGAAAAGCACAUCUUCCGGAGCCAGGGCCGGAGUGUGCAAGCGGAAGGUGGCACGUAUCGGCGUGCUGUCUUGGAACGUUGGCAUCAGCGACCACCGAAAGGACCAAGAGGCAGCUGUUGCAGAUGUUCUGCUGCGGCCGUGGACUCAGCAUGCGGCAGAGGCAAGCGCCAUCGUAGCAAAGGUCGCUAAGCUCGGCGCAGCAGACGUGAUAGUUGUUGGGCUGCAGGCCAGUGCGCUUUGUGUGUUUUGUCCAGCGCAGCUGCUGAAGCACAUUCGUGACUUUGGCAUGGCAGAGAAGCCGAUGGACCCCAGGAUCAACUCAGGUGGAAGGCUCCAGUCUGCAAGGGCCAUCGUUUCGCCAAUGCCGAGCUCCAGGUGCACCAGCUCCUCUCCGCCUCGGGCCUGCAAUUCGAGUACUAGCACCACUGGGACCUUCCACGGUUGCGGGCUGGAGUCGGAGACGGUCCGGGCCUUCGCGGACUUCGUCAUCUACCUGAACACGGGGACCAAGAACCCCAGCGCGUCCUGGAGAUGCAGCCAGCAAGAUCUUCGGCAAGGGCCUGGCCCCACGAGGUGGAGGCCCGCCUGCAGUCCUGCCUGA